CUGUCCAUGGCGGAGUCCAUCGUAUCGCGCGGCCAGCAGCUCGAGGCGGCGGUGGACCGCUUACCAGACUGGUACUUCGCCGCAGCUCAGGUCCUACCAUCCCCGAUCAAGGUCAACAACAACAGUAGCCUCUUCCCCACGUUGGGUCCCGUAUGCGAGACCGAAGAUAAGCCGCAGCCGCUGGACGAGGACGACAUACAAAAGCCCCGGGACCCUCCGUCCAACGCCACCAUGACCUGCACAGAAGACGAGCUCGAGAUCGAGAAGCUCAACGCAGCCAGGCGGCAACAGUCAGACGCAACACAACAGAUCAGGCAACAGGAGCUAGGCCAGUCAACGGCCUCCAGUCGACGCUCCACCGCGUCGUCCUCAAGCGCGUGCUCGGACCUCGUGCUCUCAGGAUUCUCCAUGCGGGGUAGGGAGAAGAAGGUCAUGUACCACAUUGACGUGGUGGACCACGACGCCCCUCUACAGACAUACACCAUCCGUCGCAGCUACUCGGACUUCAAGGACCUCCACUUUCAGCUGACUGAGAUUCUCGAGAACCGGCAGGCGUAUUACCGCAGCAAAGCGGUGACGAGACUGGCCAGAGGUGCAACCCCUGCACCGACUGACCCCAUGACACACGAGGAAAAGCUUGAGCGCGCCAUCACGGCUUUCACGCUGCCCCCUUUGCCUCACGCGGGCUUCCUCACAUUCUGGAAACGACACGACCGAUCGCACUUGCAAUCAAGAUGCGAUAGUUUUCAGGAGUUACUGCGAGCAGUGCAACAAAUGGCGUUUCUGCGUGAAUCCUUUGCCAUGCAGAAGUUCCUUAGCGUCGCGCCCUGCGCGAUCCGAGAGCGAGGUUCCUCCUAUGUCUCGCUCUGCGAAUACAGCGUACCUACACUGAACCCAGAGGAGGAGCAGAGGGAGCGGAAGCGACGAGCACAACAGUACCGCCGUAAUAGCAGCUCCAGUAACCACUCGACACGCAUGGUGGAGUAUUGAGAACCGUCGAGCGACAGAUCCAGUCUUAGUUUCUUUUUCGACACCGUGUAGUAAUUGAGCGUGAGCCGAACAGGGUGUGACAAAAGUUAGCUGUAACGUACGAGAACAACAUGAGAAUCGUGCAAUGU